GCAGUACCAUGUCUCCAGAGUUCCGCGUCAUUUAUUCAUUUCUUGGUUGCAAUCAGGCGAUCCUGACUUCUGCGGGGAAGCUGCUGCUUUGAUCAGCUGUCAGAUUUCUAGCGGAACCGUAAACUAGUGAUAGUCUUGCUUAUUUUGGAAGAUGGCAAAAUACGUGUAACUGAUGCAGAAACCCCAAAUGCAGCCAAACGGGAAAACUGGCUGGCCCUCUACUAACUCGGGAAAUAGUCACGGAAGCUGCAGUAACACUAUGGAUGCUCCUCAGUAUCCAAGUUACCCUCCACAAUACUGGUAUCCGCAGUCCCACUCCACAGGGCCCUACGCAAAUGCCUAUCCUUCAGCGUCAGAUCUGCAUCCGCAGUACAAUCCACAGGUAAUGCCAGGAGGAUAUCCGAACGGCCAUGGAGCGUACAACCAUGCACAGAGUCCGUACCCGGCAAGUAGCUUCCACCCAUCCAACCCCUUCUACUGUGCUGAUCCAAGGAGAGCAAGUCCAAGUUCCUAUCCGCACCAAGGCUGUCCGGCAGAUCAAAGCAGCGAGCCGCCUCACGCUCAGCAUCAUCAUUACACUGGUCCACACUGUCAAGGGGGUCCUGGAUAUCCUCCUGGAUCAUACCCACACUACAGUGAAGGUGGACAUGCAAUUCACUCGAAUUCUCCUUACCCAACCGGCCAGGCUCUUCAUCCUAAUUCCCAGGCUGAAGCAUGGGGACACCCCAGCCAGUAUGCCCACUCACAGCAACAGUGGCAGGGAGGUCAGCAACCUCCCCAAAAUCAUUACGGGAAUCCCGUCCGUCCACCUCAUCCUCCAGCGUGGCCAGGAACCGGGACUGGUGCCCCACCACCCUAUCAGCCCAAAGAUCAGCAUCACCAACGCCCUCUGCAGGUGGGGCCUAAACCCAGGCCAACACCACCCCCUAAUGGAAAGCCUGCUGAAAUAACUUCUCCUCCACAAAUCUACAACAAAACAGGGAGAGGUGAUACUAACACCUCACAGGCUGAGCCCCCCCCAUCAGCCCCAACCCAAGCUCCUGCACCGCCCGCAGGUCAGACCAGACAGCUGCCCUUGAGUGAUAAUCCAGGCCUUGCCAAGGUUCAGCAUGUGAUGACCAGAGUUCAGCUACUUCAGGAAGAUGUUGACGAGUUUGUAGGCAAAAAGACAGACAAGAGCUACCGCUGUCUUGAGGAACUUCUGACCAAAGAGCUGUUAGAGCUGGACUCCGUGGAGACUCAGGGACAGGACAAUGUUCGACAAGCACGGAAAGAAGCCGUGCAGAGAAUUCAGGCCAUACUUGACCAACUAGAGAAGAAAGCCUUCUGAAGCGGGCUCAAUUAACUUGCUUGUGGACCACCAAGUUUUCUUAUGUUCUCUAAGAUCUUCCUUGACAAAAGUCCUGCUCUGCAGAACUAUAACAAUGUUCUUUUUUCUACCUUAAAAACAUUAUAUGAAGAAAUUACAGACCGAAGGAAGAGUUAGAUGAAAUUUGAAGGGAACUUAAAAUCAGACCUACACAUGAAUGCCAUGUCUUUUGUUUUCAAAUCUACUCCUAAUACAGAUAAGAUUACGGUCAAAGUUCUGCUUUGUCUCCAUUUAUUUGUUUUCACACUUUCGCAUAGAAAAAGAUGAAAUCAUUGUUAAAUUCAUUUAGAUGGCCUCACUUGUUUGUUUGUUUUUUCAGGUUAAAAAAUUGAAAAAGUUUAUUUUUUAAAAUCUCAGCAGCAUUUCAUAUUUCUGGUUUAGCAAAGUCUGUUUUUCCAUGUUGGUCUAGUUAAAGAAAGUGCCAUCUUUCAGAAAAUAGUUUUUUAAGUCUUGGAAGAACAACAACAAAAAAUGUCUAAAAAAUACAACAAGUUUUGCAUGGAAAUGUCUCUGUUAUGUGUUAAUCUGUCAGCUAUGAUGAUGGAAUUCUGACAAAACAAUUGCUAUAAUUAUUAAAAAAGAAAAUAGUAAAAUGAUUAAAAUAUUUUUAUGAGUUUGUAA